AUGGGAAAGUUAUUGAAUAUAACAGGGGAGUUAGGUAUCUGCUAUCUUGGAGUGAGCAGGUCUGCUACUCUGGCCGAAGCGAGCAACAAUAAUGGAUGGAACAUCCGGAGGUGGGGGCAGAGGAGAUAUCCUCAACUAUGUGAUACAAUUGCUGUGACUUGUCUGCCAGAAGCCACUACAGGGCCUGAUAGAGACUUAUGGAGACACGGUCAUGAUGACUUCAAACCAACCUUCUCAGCUGCAAAGACUUGGGACUACUUGCGUAUCAAAAAGAGCAAACUCCCAUGGCACAGUCUAGUUUUGUUUCCUCAGGCCAUUCUAGACAGUCAUUCAUGGUUUGGCUAG